AUGCGUAGAAGUCUUGCUCCAAGUCAGGCGAACGUGCGAGUGAUCGCACCUAUGACAAACAAAGAGCCUCCCUCUAAACGACGAAGCAUUGGAAGCCCAUGUGAAAUAUCGGACUACUCUCCAAGAACUUACCUUUCGAUAUAUAGGAAACCAUUUGAAGAGGUUAACCAACCCGAUUUAUCUCCUCAAGCAAGUAUUGCUCAUGAAGCCCUGAUUCGCUCUAUUCUAACGAAGCCAUUCAAAGUACCAAUUCCAAACUAUAAGCCUAGUGGAUACGAGUCCAAAUGUUUGGGUGUUAAACGUUCGUCCGCCAAAGUGGCGCUGCAUGAUCCGUUUGAGGAGAAUGCACUUGUUUUGUAUGAGCCUCCUGAAUUAAAUGUCCAUGAAAGCUUAAAAUCUGACGCCGAAAAAUUAGUUCACGUGGUCGUCGAUCCAUCUCUGACCAAGUUUCUGCGUCCCCAUCAACGAGAAGGUGUUAAAUUCAUGUAUGAUUGUGUUACUGGUUUGAGGAUUCCAGAUAAUUAUGGCUGUAUUAUGGCGGACGAAAUGGGUCUUGGUAAAACACUUCAAUGCAUUACUCUGGUUUGGACCCUACUGCGCCAAAGUCCUGAGGCGAAACCAAUGAUUGAUAAAGCAAUUAUCGUGACACCCAGUAGUCUUGUGAAGAACUGGGCAAACGAGUUGAGUAAAUGGUUGCAUGGUCGGGUGAACCCUCUAGCCAUCGAUUCGGGAUCAAAGGCUGAAAUUGAUCGGAAUCUGGCUCAGUUUAUGUCCCAACGACCUCCACGCAUAGCUACCCCGAUUCUGAUAAUCUCCUAUGAAACCUUCCGGUUACAUGUGGGGGAGUUGCACAGAGGAACAGUAGGACUGAUUAUUUGCGACGAGGGUCAUCGUCUAAAGAACUCCGAAAAUCAGACUUAUCAGGCAUUGGUUCAAUUGAACUGCCAAAGACGGGUUCUUUUAUCUGGAACACCCAUUCAAAACGACCUGUUGGAGUACUUUAGUCUGGUGCACUUUGUUAAUGUGGGCCUACUUGGUACUGCAGCCGAAUUCCGUAGAAAAUUUGAAAUCCCCAUUUUACGUAGUAGAGAUGCAGACGCUACAGAUGCUGAGCAAUUGGUUGGAGAAGAAAAACUUCGAGAGCUCCUUGCCAUCGUUACGCGCUGUAUUAUUCGAAGGACACAAUCUCUAUUGACGCAGUAUCUUCCUGUUAAAAUUGAACAAGUUGUUUGCUGCAAGUUGGCUCAAACUCAAGGUGAAAUUUAUACUAAAUUUGUUGAAAGAAAGUCUCGUGAAGUUGUCCAGCAUCUUAACAGUGGAGGGGAAAAGAAGCUUUCAAUAUCCAGCUUGGCAUCUAUCACCCAUCUCAAGAAGCUCUGCAAUCAUCCCGACUUGAUCUUCGAUAAAAUUCAAUCGGGCUCGGAUGGUUUUGGUGGAAUGAUAGAUCUGUUUCCCCCUGGUUACGCUAGCUCGGCAGAUACAAAUAAAUCACCACAGGCUGAACUAUCUGGCAAAUUUCAAGUCUUAGAUUGCCUCCUUGCAAUCGUAAAAGCAACUUCGAAUGACAAGGUCGUCCUUGUUUCAAAUUACACUCAAACUCUUGAUUUGUUUGAGGGUCUCUGCAAGCACAGGAGUUACGGUUAUUUUCGACUUGAUGGCACCAUGACCAUCAAAAAGAGAGCCAAAAUUGUGGAAAGAUUCAAUGAUCCUACUUCGUCUGAGCUUGUAUUUAUGCUAAGUAGUAAGGCGGGUGGCUGUGGAUUGAACUUGAUAGGUGCGAAUCGACUUGUGAUGUUUGAUCCUGAUUGGAAUCCUGCUAAUGAUGAACAAGCAAUGGCUCGUGUAUGGCGGGAUGGGCAGAAGAAGCAGUGCUACAUAUAUCGUCUGAUAUCUACUGGAACAAUAGAGGAGAAGAUGCUUCAAAGACAGGCGCAUAAGAAGGCACUAAGCAGCUGUGUGGUGGAUCAAGCGGAAGAAGUUGAGAGACACUUCAGUUUAGGAGAACUUCGGGAAUUAUUUGCUUAUCAUAACACUACUGACUCUGACACUCAUGACAGAUUCAAGUGUCGUCGAUGUGUGAAUCGAGUUCAGACCCGCCCACCGCCUCCAGAAGCUGAUUGUAAUUGUGAUCUCUCCGUAUGGCACCAUGCGUAUAAUCGAAAGGCUUUGGAGGAUACUGUGUUGAAGGGUGCAUGGGACACCGGAGCCAUUUCCUUUGUCUUUUGGCAACGCUCACAUGAAGAGCAACGUAAGACUGUCUAG